CAACUCGCUCGGUCAACGUAUCCCGGAUUGGGACAAUGGGCUGCUCAUUGGUUGGGCGACAAUUUUUCAACAUGGGACAAUUUUGCCGCUUCACUCAUUGGUAUCAUGGGUUUCAAUCUGUUCGGCAUUCGUCAGUCCGGUGUCGACAUCUGUGGAUUCUACGGUCGUCCCAGUGAAGAAUUGUGCACAAGAUGGUUGCAAGCGGGUGCAUUCUAUCCGUACUCCCGCAAUCACAACGUUCGGUCUGUGUCUACCCAAGAUCAAGAUCCGGGCAUUUGGUCGGAUGUGUCGAAAAAAUCGACUCGAGAUGCACUGAUGAUUCGGUACACGAUACUGCCCUACAUGUACAAUCUGUUCUACAUUCAUCGGGUUAAGGGAGGAACCGUUAUGCGUGGACUUUGGCAUGAAUUCCCAACAGACUCUACGGCCCGAAGAGUUGACCAACAAUUCUUAAUUGGACCAGCCUUUAUGGUUUCUCCAGUUGUGACUGAAGGAGCUACUUCUGUGAAUGCUUACUUCCCAGCGGGAAGAUGGUACGCGUACCGAACUGGCGAAGCGGUCCAAGUCCCACCCAUCGGCUAUGUCAAUCUGGAUGCUCCAUUUGACUUUAUCAAUUUACACGUUCGAGGCGGAUAUGUACUGCCGACUCAGGAACCUGCUCUCAAUACCAUGCUGUCACGACAGAAUCCGUUUGGUCUCAUCGUUGCACUAGACGAUGCUUUCUCUGCAAAGGUCAAAUGUACUACGACGACGGCAUUACUUUCGAAGCGCAAGCGACCGGAGGUUAUUUCUUGUCUAGCAUCACUUACAGUGACACUUUAAUCCAGACGGUAGUACAAAAUCGUUAUUCAGAUAUAGGACGAUUGAACUUGGAGACGGUUCGAGUGCUGGGAAUAAAUGGGACAAUUGACUCCAUUUUGGUUAACGGCGAACCUCACACCGAUUUCGCAAUACUUCCUAGCAAUGAGGUUCUUGUGCAGAAUCUUAGAAUUCCUGUAAAUUCUAGAUAUAACAUAACAUUUGUCAGCACUGCUUCUGACAGUAACGGUGCAAAUGCUCUGAUCGGAUAUGGUGGUGUUAUUGGUAUACUUUUGU